UAGCGCGCCAACCAUCCGCCAUAUUGCCUUACCACAGAGCGCAAAACAUUGAAAGUGGGAACUGUUGGCUCUUAUCUUUUUCCUUUUCAGUUUUAUCUUUUGGUGUUUUACAGUUUGUGGAGCCACAGCGUAUACCAACAGUGUAACGGGGAGAAAAUAAACAUUGGGCAAGUGGAAAUGCCAUAUAUGCUGUUCGAAACAAGAGGAACUGCUCACUAAAAACUCCAUAACUGUUCCAUCUGAGAUCUUUUUGGAACGGAAGUCGAGUCUCUCCGUUGAUUCAACAGGUCUAAACCAGCAGGAUUGAGCGCUGAGCACUGGGCCAACUAAUAUGUCGUCUUGUGAUGGGUUAUGAGGCAUUUUAGCUUGAUUCCGCCAUCAAAAUGUCAGCUCGCAGUAAAAGGCACAGCUCUAAUCGAGGCUCGACCGGUUCCGAGCUUGCGAGAUCGACUCUCAAAGUUUAUCUUUCCAAUGGAGACUCGCGAUCUGUGAAAUGCGGAGAAGCUACAGAUAUCAAGGGCAUUAUUCAUUUGGUCAUCGGUAGUCUUGGCGCAGACCCCAUACUUAUUGGGGACUACUAUGGCAUUAUGCUUGAACAUGUGAAUACUGAAGAAGCUUUCUGGCUGAGCUGUAAAUCCACCGUUUCUGAAGUGCGCAGCAAGCAUGAGGCCCUAUACCCUGCGGACCAGUGGAAAUAUCUCCUGAGAGUGCGUUAUCUCCCAUUAGACUACAGAGACCUCUACCAGAAAGAUAAGGUCACAUUCUUCUAUCUUUACGAUCAGGUGAAAAAUGACUACCUACAGCACAAAAGUGAAGAUGUUGAGGAGGAAAAAUCAUUUCGUUUGGGAGCUUUAGAAAUGAGGAGAUAUUUUAAAGAUAUGCCUCAGAUUGCAUUGGAUAAGAAGUCCAACUUUGAGUACAUAGAAAAAGAAGUUGGUCUUACCAAAUUCAUUCCAAAAACAAUUCUGGAAAAUAUAAAGUCCAAGGUUCUGAGGAAGACAAUUCAUGGAUACUUCCGACAGUACUCCACACUGACAGAGGAAGAGUGCUGUUGCAAAUUCUUUGAACUUUUGUCUACAGUCUAUCGUUACGACUUAGAGACAUUCAAGUGCUCCCUUGGGACUGGCUGGUCGAUAGCGGUGGAUAUCGUCAUCGGCCCAAAAGAUGGAAUCAGUUACAGAGCUGAACAAGGAUCCAUUAUCACUCACAUGGCCGACUUCAACCAAAUCCAGUCAAUAUCAGUGACACGCAUACCCCUCAUGCCAACCCCUGUACAGACAGAUAAACAAAAGGCAACUGUCAGUUUAAAAGUCUCUGGUGCUUCAGAGCCUCUAGUAUUCACAACCUCAUCCAUCGCUAAAGCCGAGGAGAUGGCCGAGUUAAUUGAUAACUAUUGUAUGAUGCAUGGUGGCAGUCAGCAUUCCCUGGUCUUUAAAAGGCUAGAUGCUGACAGAACUCUCCCCUCUAUUCCAAUUGAAGACAAGAUUGGCUCAACUGCUCCGCGACCAGGAACACCCCAAAGCACCACGAAACAGAACAACUUAUCGUCCAACAACCUGCUGGAUAAAAGAGGGUCAAGGACAUCAAUCGGUAGCUUGGGAAAUCGUAGAAUUACAGAGUUUGAUGAUUAUGCUGAGAUAGUUGAUGAUGGUGAUUAUGCUGAAGCCAUGGCAGCAAUUCCUGUUGACAGUAUAUGGUAUAAACGAGCAAAAGACUAUGAGAUUCCACGAAACAAGAUCAAUCUUGGGCCAAUAAUCGGCCAGGGACAAUUUGGAGAUGUCCACAAAGGAACUUUUAAAAGUUUGGACAACCCAAACAUGCCAGUAGCGAUCAAGACAUGCAAAAACCCAGAUACACGGGAGAAGUUCCUUGAGGAAGCCUACAUAAUGAAGCAAUUCGACCAUCCUCAUAUCAUCAAGCUAAUAGGUGUUUGCAUGGAAGAUAACUUCUUCAUAGUCAUGGAGUUAGCAGCAUUUGGCGAGAUGAGGACCUAUUUACAGAAGCAUCGCGGCUUGAUCAAUCAUGAGAUGUUGCUGGACUACAUCUUCCAGCUGAGUACGGCCAUGUCCUAUCUUGAGAGUAAAAACUUUGUACACAGGGAUAUCGCGGCCAGGAAUGUAUUGGUAUGUUCGCAUAAGUGUGUCAAGCUCGCAGAUUUUGGGCUGUCGCGUUGGGUCGAGGAGCAGGCGUAUUAUAAAGCUUCCAAAGGCAAGCUCCCCAUUAAAUGGAUGGCUCCUGAGUCCAUCAACUUUCGUCGAUUUACUUCCGCAAGUGACGCCUGGAUGUUCGGUGUGUGCAUCUGGGAGAUCCUGAUGUACGGUAUCAAGCCCUUCCAGGGUGUCAAGAACAAUGACGUUAUCGGCAAGAUCGAGCAGGGUGAACGUCUUGCGCUCCCACCCAACUGCCCGCCCGCCCUGUAUCACCUGAUGACGGAGUGCUGGUCAUACGAGCCGAGUAAAAGACCCUCUUUCCAGUACAUCAAAACACGUUUAAGCGUCAUUGUCCAGGAAGAGCGUUUCCAGUCAGAGGAGAGGCUGCGCAGAGAGUCCAGACGGAUAAACUCCAUGUCUGUCGGUUCAGCAGAUGGUAUCGCCCCUCCAAAGCCGUUGCGGCCUGGGAUCUCCCCACUCGUCACGCCCAUAUCAAUCGGUGCCUCCACGCAUGACAGCAGCCUCGGGCUGACCAGUCCUAGAGGAUCAUCAGGCUCGCCCCAUUCUCCCAUUUCCCCGUCCAGUCACACCCUGCCUCGCUCUCAUCGAUCCUUCCACGAGUCAAGUGGUAUCCAGGCCCUCGCGGGUGGCUACCCCAUCAGGCACUCGGUCAGCGGUAGUCAUACUUUGCCGCGUAGUUACAAGCCGCUCAGCCCUCUCUCCAGCCCAACGCAUGCGCAGUCCUUACCUACAACGCAAGACUUGGCUCGAAUGGAGCAGGAAGAACGGGAACAGCUGGAGAAAUUCGAGCGGGAGGAAAUGAAAAAGCGCUUGGAUCAGCAGCGCAUGGAAUCGGCAGCAGACUCUAUCUGGCUGGAGGAGGAAGAAAAAAAUAUCGACCUACCGCGCUCACCUGUGCUGUCGCCCAAGACCGUGCCCAUCCUGCCCUCCCCUGACGAGGGCGUAUCAUCCAUUGUGGAGUCGUACAAUCCUCGAGGUUCCGCUUCCAUCGUGCAGCAAGGAAACCUCUCCAAAGAAUACCACGGAACGGAAAGCAAGCCAGCGGGUCCUCAGGCGGCGAAGAUUGCCGAGAGCACCGAGGGCAACGGCGAACAGGCACAUCCUGUCGAGACGCUGCCCGAAAAUACGUCCUCCUCGCCCCAGGACGACCGUUCGAACGAUCAAGUCUUCUUGAACACGACGAGCGUAGUACAGACUGUUAUCGACCUGAACACAGGCCUGCCAUUCGCACGCCCAGAAGACUACCCGCAGUUUGUCAAGAGCAUCGGCCUAGCACUGAGAGGACUUCUCUCGGAGGUCGAUGGAGAAAUACAAGAUCUUCCUCAAAGUUCGCAUAAAGAGAUUGAAAUGGCGCAUAAAGUUUUGUCAGCAGACAUGGCAGAGCUGAUCAAUUCGAUGAAACUGGCACAAAAGUACAGCACCACCACGUUGGACCAAGAGUAUCGACGUGGAAUGCUGUCGGCUGGGCAUGUUCUAGCCGUUGACGCUAAGCAUCUGUUUGAUGUUGUGGAUACAGCUCGGCGGAAGACAAGUAGCCCGUCCCCGUCUCCCCCUGCACAAGACCCUAAAACAAAUGGUACACAGCAUGAGUAAACAACUCAAUACGCUUGAAAACGGAUUGGGCCUGACCUAUGCGCCUGCAGUGUAGGACUAUCUGGGGUGGAUGUGAGACUGGAUCAAGCCUUUGGCUUUUGAGAUGACAUUGUUCCAUUGAACGUGACAAGCAAACGGCUGGGUGCUGCUGUGUACAAAGAAGCGACUCAAAUGAGCGGCUGCCUUCUUCAAAACAAUUCCUACACCGCUAAACCUUGUUUUGCUACAUAUGGACCAACCAUAUGAUAUUUGAUGGAGAGGCAAAAGUUUUUGUGGCUUGUUGGGUUGCUCGAUAUUGUCACUUCUGGUCAUGCAAAGCUUGCUUGCUGGAUUUUUUAUCCAGAGAUUUUGGCUUUCCGAAUUUCUUUAUCUGCCAAUCAGAUAUCAAAUGGUUGAUCCCUUAUCUAAUUACUGGGAGCCAGGACCUUGUGGAAUGUGUUGUUUUCUAUUUCUCCAUAAUCUUUUGUUAAGAAUACCUGCUAACAUUGUCUAUGAUUUCUAUGACAGCUUGGAUUUGGUAACCAAGUAUUGGACUGUUUUUAGAUAGUUGUUCAUAAAUGUUGCUAUAAUAAAACAAAAAACAAUGACA